AUGCAUUUUUUUUUCGUGCUGAUAACUUACAUCACAAGCAAUUGGAAAAGCUACCGUCUCCCAAUAGCUGCCGCCAUUGUCAAUGCCCAAGAAGGCGCAUCACUACUCGUUGCAGCUAUCGUCGCAUAUGUAGCAGACGAACGUUUGGGUCGAUUCAAGGUCGUUGGUUACACCACUGCAGCUUUCAUCACUAGAUUAGUGAUAUUAUGUUUUGAGUAUAAAGACAGUAGAAUAUUUUACGUGGCACUGCUACUUGUAACCCUGGGGAAGGGUGGACGAAGUCCAACUCUGAAAGCAUUUCUCAAAGAUCAGUUUGGUCGGAACCAGAACUCCCAAGUGGCAGAGGCAGAGUAUCAGAACCGGGAAAAGGCCGAGGCUCGACACCAGUUUUAGUGGUGUACUUCUUGGUUUCUUGGUGUCCUCAUUUUUACUAUAGUUUCAAUCUCAAGCCGCCUAUCAUUGAAGAAACCUAUCCUGAUUUCAUCAAUAAUAACUGGAACGGCUUCUUUGUUCUUUGUGCAAGGCAUUAGGUGUUACAGCAAAAAACCACCCGAAAGAAAAAUUACAUUACAGAUCAUGAACGGCUGGAGAAGAUUAGUCCCCUUUUGGAUAACACUCCUCGUCUAUUGUCUGGUGGAGGCAGCCGGCACCACAUUCUUCCUCGAACAAAGUGACUAUCUGGAAAUUGGAAUCGGCAACGGUUUCAAAAUUCCUCUAAAUUAUUUCUCUGUCCUUAGUUCCUUAACAACCUUGUAACUGCGGGGUUGGUUGAUUUUGUAACCUCUAAGUUGUGUAACAAAAACCAACGAAAGCGUGCUUUUGUCAUGAGAAUUACACUCGGAAUGCUUGUUUCGUUUUUGUGUUGCAUAACAGCUUGGAAGGUGGAGGUUCGCAGAUUGAAGUUAAUCAAAGAAUAUGGGAUCCCCAAAAGCGAAGUUGAGAAGAUUCCGAUGAGUAUUUUGUGGUUGACUCCUCAGUAUUUACUGUUAGGAAUCAUGAGCGGACUUGUUGAGGCAGGGAUGGAGGGUUGUUUCUAUAACCUCGUCCCGGGAUCCAUGAAAGUUUAUGAGUUACUGUUCAAAGAAAUCGUGAUGGGAAUGGGGAAAUUUCUUAGUAUAUUAACCAUAUAUGCUUUCAGAGGGUGGUUUGGUGACGAAAGUAGCACAAGUCAUCUGGACAGAUAUUUUCUGAUGCUGGCGAUGAUAAGCUUAGGUUCAUUGGCUUUCUUUAGUGUCGCUGCAUACGCAUGUUAUUGGAAGAUAGCUCCAGAAGAGGAUGUGGUGGGUAGUAAUAUGGAAAUGGAAGAGGGUCUGGCACAAGCAACUCCUGCAUCCUCCUCCGGUGAACCCUUGGGAAAUGCAUCCUCAGCUGAACAGUUAAUUACCCAGGAAUUCUCCACUAAAAGGGUACUGAAAGGAGCCUCAUCGCCUCCUUAUUUCCCUUUACAUGGUGAUUCAAUGGCUACUAGUGGUUGGAAUGAUGUUGGGAGAAAAUCAUUGAGGAACCGAAGUUUCGGGAAUCGGGUCCAAAAGGGGGGGUGAUAGCAGAUCCAAUUAACUGCAAAACUUGAAACUCAACAGUGGGUUCAAAUACAUAUACAGGUGGAGUAGUGUUAUAGCACCCGUUAUUAUUUGCAAGUAAAAUGGGUGGAGUUGAGAUCUUUUACAAAUUUUAUGUUAGUAUUUAUUAUAGAGUUGACCAUGUAUUGGUUUUGUUUUGUACAGGUUUAGACGUAAUUUAGUAUUAUUCAUGGCCAACUUGUAGACGUAAACUCUUAAAUAGGUGAUUGCUAAA